AUGGCUGGUUUGGAUUUAGGCCCUGCUUCUCGUUACGUUCACCUCCACAGGCCGGACUUCAACCUCCAAUUACAACAACAGCAGCAGCAGCAGCAGCAAGAUUCGGAGGACGGUGGCGGCCAGUACUCCGGCGAGGAUGGUCCCCACCACGGGCUAGACCUCGUGAACGCCGGCAACUCAGCUGGCCAAGGUGACAUCGCGGGCCGGCGCCCCCGAGGACGGCCACCUGGCUCUAAGAACAAGCCGAAGCCGCCGGUGAUAAUAACCAGAGAGAGCGCAAACACGCUGAGAGCGCAUAUUCUGGAGGUGGGGAAUGGGUGCGAUGUGUUCGACUGUGUUGCCACGUAUGCUCGCCGUCGGCAACGCGGGAUCUGUAUUCUCAGUGGCAGUGGCACUGUCACCAAUGUCAGCCUCAGGCAGCCGGCUGCGGCGGGGGCUAUAGUGACGCUCCAUGGGAGGUUCGAGAUACUAUCGCUGUCGGGAUCUUUCCUGCCGCCGCCGGCUCCGCCUGGGGCGACAAGCUUGACCAUAUUCUUGGCUGGCGGGCAGGGGCAGGUGGUGGGGGGGAGUGUGGUGGGGGAGUUGAUCGCCGCGGGGCCAGUCAUCGUCAUCGCGGCGUCGUUUACUAACGUUGCGUACGAGAGGUUGCCGCUGGAGGAGGAAGAGCAGCUUCAGAUACAGCCCCCCGCCUCGCAGGGUUCGGGUGGUGGAAGUGGCGGUGGCGGAGGCGGCGGUGGCGGUGGAGGAGGAGGUGUUGGGAACAACCCGUUUUCAGACCCGUCUGCGGGUUUUCCUUUCUUGAAUUUGCCGCUCAAUAUGUCGCCGAAUGUUCAGUUGCCGGUUGAUGGGUGGGCAGGGAAUUCGGCGCCACGUGGCCCGUUUUGAGGGUGUUUGAUGUAUUAAUGUGGUGAUAGAUUUAAAGGGCUUUGUUGGAGGUUUUUGCAAUAUUGGAUGGGAGAGGCUUCUGGGAAUCAUUCAUAAAAGGUCAGGAAAAUUUCAUGGACUGUAUCAUCACCAUGCUCAUCUUUCUUCUUCUUCUUCUUCUGUACGUUGAUGUUGUAGCCACUCUUUCU